CUGUGCAUCAGAUGCCUGACGUGUGUUUGUUGCCACCAGUCAGAUCUACUGCACUGGAGAAGUCCUGCGACAGGUCCAGAUGGCGAAACUCUUUGAUGAUGACAAGUACUUUGUAGAUAUGAAGUUGACUACAGCUCCUGAGGUCGUUGUGGAGGCUUUUGCCAAUCUGAGCUCAGGGUUCCCAAACAAGACCAUCCCAUCCUCAGAGCUACAGAAGUUUCUGCAAACAUACUUUGAAGAGCCGGGUAAGGAGUUCGAGCAGUGGACUCCUCCAGACUGGCAUUCAAAACCAACAUUCUUGUCCAGGGUUUCUGACUCAAAAUAUCGCAGUUGGGCUGAAGAACUGCACAGUUUAUGGAAGUCCCUUGGUCGAAAGAUCCGUGAUGAUGUCAGAGACCACCCAGAGCUGUACUCACAGAUUUACACCCCACACCCAGUCGUCGUGCCUGGUGGCCGUUUUAGGGAACUCUAUUACUGGGACUCAUAUUGGGUAAUAAAUGGUCUCCUUUUGUCAGAGAUGACAGAGACGGCUCGAGGAAUGAUUCUGAACUUUGUGUACCUGGUGGAAAGAUACGGCUUUGUCCCAAACGGUGGUCGUGUUUAUUACGAGCGGCGUAGUCAGCCUCCCUUCCUUCCGCUAAUGGUGGAAAGUUUCUAUGAGGUCACCGGAGACAAAGACUUCCUCAGGCAGGUUUUGCCAGCACUGGAAACAGAGUACAGCUUUUGGAUGCAGAAUCGCUCUCUUGCUGUGGCGAUGAGUGGACUGACUCACAUCCUGAAUCGAUAUAAUGUACCAGUGGACAGGCCGAGACCUGAGUCGUACAGUGAUGAUGUAGAACUGGCUGAGGGCCUGUCAGCAGAGGCUCAGAAGAAACUUUGGAUAGAACUGACAUCUGGUGCAGAGUCAGGCUGGGAUUUCUCUUCUCGCUGGUAUAUAGACAGCACAGGCAGAAACAACGGCACCCUGAGCGACACACAGACAAGCUCCAUCCUGCCUGCUGACCUCAAUGCCAUUAUGUGCCGCAAUGAGCGUCUGCUGGCCUCCUUCCACAGGAUUCUGGGUAAUGAAGAGGAGGCAGUGGAAUAUGAGAAGGCACUUUCUGCUAGAAUUAAAGUGGUUGAAAGUCUAUUGUGGGAUGCAGAAAGAGGAGCCUGGUUUGAUUUCAGCCUGGUGAACGAGACCCGGCACCUGUCUUUCUACCCAUCUAACCUGGCGCCUCUCUGGGCACAAUGUUACUCUAACCCAGAAAUGGCCAAUCAGGCUGUGCAGUACCUGAUGGGUAGUGGAGGUCUGGACUAUCCUAACGGGGUUCCCACCUCUCUUAGUGAAAGUGGGCAGCAGUGGGACAUGCCCAACGCCUGGCCUCCGCUUCAACACAUGAUUAUAGAGGGUCUCUCCAGGCUCGAUUCGGCCCACGCUAAAGAGCUCGCCUUCAGAUUGGCCGAACGGUGGAUUCAGACCAACUGGCGGGCGUAUAUCAAAUAUGAGGCCAUGUUUGAGAAGUACGAUGUCAACGGUGAUGGAAAGCCCGGAGGAGGUGGCGAGUAUGAAGUUCAGGUCAAUGAGUGGUCCAUUUGA